AUGGCUCCAAGGCCAGAGCCAAUAACUCCCACAACUCAGGGCCAUUUUGAUUUCCCUGACUGUUCCAUUGGCCCUUCCGUUUCCUCCGAACAUUUUGAUGAGAUCUCCGACCAACUGCAGCCUCAGCCCUUGAGAAAUCGCCGACACUCUUCGCAAUUCGCUAAAUCCAUCGCAAAUAGGAGAACCUCCUUGGAUGUCAAAGCCCUUAACGAUCAAUUUUUAUCACCGCCAGCCUUGGCCCCACGGUCCCAAAGUGAUGCGUUUGGACUCGAGGCGGUGAAAGAAUCGCUUUCAUCUCGAAGCAAUAGCGAUUCCUCAACUGACCAGCCAGCGACAUUAAGUGUAAAAAGGGAAGAUUUCCCCCCAAAAGCUUCAGAGCCACAGAUUUCCUUCAUGCAUGAUGCCAGUACAAUAUUGGACGAGGUCCGAGAGAAACUGUCGACUUCGACUCGGGAUGACAAGCAAUCUUUAGUGUCGCCGGAAGAGGAGUUUAUCCCAAAACUUCAACGCAAAACCGCUUCGGCAGUUCUCCAUCCACCAGGCCAACAUACGUCGUAUUUUCGAUCUGCCAGUGACUACCACCCCGCUCAAAUCUUCCGAACGGGCCUGAAUCCCUCAAUGAAAGAAAACGGCGAUGGCUGUGUGUACCCGUGGAUGAACGUUAGAAACAACUCCGAGGAGCAUGAUGACGACGAUCUACCGCAAUCCCGACUGUUUCCUUCAAUGCGAUUUCUGAUCGCCGUCUUGUUAUGUUGCUGCUAUAUUACAAUGUCGAUUUCGACCUCGAACAUGGCGGUAGCGCUGAUUUGUAUGAUCAAGUGUCCUCUUCGAAAUUACUCGGGGGAUUUGGAUUGGGAAUCGGAUCAAGAGGGCCUGGUGCUGGCUGCACAAAAUGCCGGCUCCUUGCUGAUGCUGCUGACCGGACUUUAUGCCGACCGCAUUAAUGGAAAAUGGAUGGUGUUGGCGUCGCUUUUACUUUGCGGAGUCGGCAAUCUGACCCUGCCUAUGUUGGCCCACAACUCGUUUUGGUACGCGGUUGUGGCCAGGAUUGCCAUCGGCGCUUCGGAUGCCUGUAUGUCGCCGGCCGUUAACUCGCUGAUCACACGAUGGUUUCCAAGGACUGAGAGAGCUGCCGCGAUUGGAAUUAUCACCGGUGGAAGACAGAUUGGAACACUUUUUAUUCUCCCAACGGCGGGAUAUCUGUGCACAAGGACUGACAUCCAAGGAGGAUGGCCGGCCAUCUUUUAUUUGUCCAGUUUCAUUACCGCGAUUGUGCUGAUCUGCUGGUUGCCCAUGGGAGCUGAUAAGCCCGCCAAACAGUAUUGCAUCAGCCAUAGAGAAAGGGUUUUCAUUGAAGGAAGGUAAGUGAAUUUGACCUUUUACUUGACAGCUAAUAUAUGAAAUCUUGUUUAACACCCACACCUCUUUUAGUAUUGCCUGUGAAAGUAUUGGAAAAAGGACACAAGCCCGCCGAAUCCCUUGGUAUCACAUCAGCCGCUCUGUCCCCCUUUGGGUGGGAGUUUUCUCCUUGAUUUGUCAUGAAUAUCCAUUAGUAAUCAUGCUUCAAUUCCUCCCCAAUUACAUGAGAGACGUCCUUGAAUUCGCCCCCACACAAAAUGGAAUGCUUUCGGCCUUGCCGAUCUUUUUCCUGUUCGUCAGCAAGACUGUAUCUUCCUCGCUGUCGUCAUGGCUGGCUGCGAAUACUAUCUAUAGCAGAACUACAAUCUGCAAAACAUUCAAUGCCAUCGCUUCAGCUGGCUUGGCGUUGAGUAUUUUAUGCGUGCCGCAGUUCGGAAAGGACACCGCGUUCUUCGCCAUCAUCUCGUUAUGCUUCGCAAUGACAUUUGCAGGUAAGAUCAGACUCCAAUUUUCGUAUCAACUGAAAUGAAAAGAGAUCUUGUCAAAUGAUUACAUUGUACUAAAUAAAAAUAAAACUUUUUAGGUCUUCACACCCCCGGAGUCCAAACCGCUCUCCUCCAACUUGCCCCUCCCUUCUCCGGUGUUAUUACGGGCAUCUCCUUCUUCGCCGUCGCCUGGUUCUCGAUUGGGAAUAAGAUCUUGACCAAAUGGAUAGUCCAACAUGGGACUCAAGGCGAAUGGGCUCUUGUAUUUUAUAUUUCCGCCGUCAUUGCCGCUCUGCCGGUGGUGGUGUUCACGUUGUGGGGUUCGGAUGAACGCCAAUGGUGGGCAAUGCCCUCGAGCAAAGUCUCGGCCGCGACUGUGGCCACCUUGGGCUGCCAGUCCACAACUUCCACUCAUCUGACCUCACUCAGUCGAUCUCAUAGCCAGAAAGGACUCAACAAUGUCUAG